CGUUUGAUUUAAUUUCAACACAGGUCAGUGAAUUCACAAAUUGAACAUAAUUCGUUUAAUUCAGUGUUUAUUUGCACUGUAUGCUUACCAGAAUGAGAAAACUUCAACAAACUAUUUUCCUUGGCUCACUUGCUACAGUUGUGUAUACAUGUAUACCUACUCAAAAUGUUGAUCCUGUAACGACUACAACGGUAGCAACGACAACCACAACUGUCACUGAGCCUCCAUUUCCUUGUAAUGUUUGUCAAAAAGUAUAUGAUCCCGCUUGUAUGGGUUUCGGAAUACCUACCCUGCUUACUGGAUGCCCUACAGCAGCGGAAGCUGGUAUUGAAUACGCCCUGGGAGCUGUUCUCGCAUUGUUUCCGUUUGUACCAGCUGGCUCGUGCAGUACCAUAGUUGUAUGCCCACCAACAACAACUCUGCAGUACAUACUGUUUGGGACCACAUUACCGGGACCAUCUCCGGCAGUUGCGUGGUGUGAAGAGACUGGACCUGACGCUGGUAAAUGGUACACUGGAGUCAGUUGGCUAUUAAGAUUUGAACUUGCAUCUCUUGCAUGUCUGCCAAUCAUUCCCGGAUAACCCGUAUCUUACUUGAUAAAUAAUCAUAAUAACCAUAAUAAUAAUAUUUUUACUAACAAUUCUGAUUAAAUCAAUGAAACGAGUAAUAAAAUUUUAUGAGCGGA